GCUGUAAGCAUCGUCCGCCCACUUUUCCACCAGCCACAGGUCCGUUCGUCACUUAUGAUUAAUAAUUAAAUCUCCUGAUCGGAUCGAAGCGUGAGUUGAUCAUGGACGGGGAGAGAACGGAGCGGAAGCCCGGGAAGGUUUUCACUCUUGUCUUGGUCGCCUUGUCCGUACUGGUUGUUGGAAGCCGAGGCGACGACGGGAGAGUGUGCUACUACGGACAAGAACGUGACCCGGAGAGCGAGGGCAAACUCCGGUGGAUAUUGCCCUCUGAAGACCACGCGAACCGAUGCUCCUGCACACGGAUCAGGAUUGGAGGGGUCAACCCGACCGUAGCGGAAGGAAGAUUGGACGGGGCGAGUUUCACAGAUCAACCGCUCUUUACGAGUGACGUGGCGAGGAUUCGCGCUCAUUUUAAUUGCGAAGUAUCUUCAAAAGAUGCCUCGACCAAUCAGCCAAGCGCAACCACCAACGGCCAGCCAACCACCCCCACAGACCCGCCAACUACGACCACCGACCCGCCAACUACGACGGUUCCACCAACUACACCCACUGAACCUACUACGACGACCACCAAGCCCGUAUACGUUGACUGCCAGGCCUUGCUGGACGCUGGUCACAACAAGAGUGGUGUGUACAAUAUCACCCCAUCUCAGUAUCCUGACGGCCUAGAGGUCUACUGUUACAUGAAUAAGAAGGGAUGGAUAGUUUUCCAGAGACGCGUGGACGACACGGUGAGUUUCAUCCGCAGCUGGGCCGAGUAUAGGGAUGGUUUCGGUGACAAGAAAGGGUCGUUCUGGCUGGGGAACGAGAUCCUCCGUCGUCUCACUGAACCCGUAGCUGGGGAGAAGGGAUGGCAGAUGAGAGUGAGGCUAAAUUUGGUUGGUCAGCUAAAUAACCAGUCUGGGGUGUAUAAUGAUUUUCGUGUCGAUGGAGAGAAGUACACUCUUCAUGUUGGUACAUUUAAAGAUAACCCUCAAGACCCUUUGG